UUAAUCCUAAAAUUUUAAGAAUAAAUCGGAACAAUGGCAACGUGGUUGGCUUAACUUAAAUAUUCGCGCCUCAACGCAGUGAACUACCGUUUAAAAACUCAAAAAUAUCGCGGCCGGCAAGUAGGUAGUCAAGAUUAACUCGGGCGCAGGUUUGAAACGAAUAUUUUCGUACAAAACACGAAAAAUAAAAACGAAGGCGUUGUUGCCAGUAAAAAAAACAUAAUGAGUAACUUAAUUGUGGAAAUUGACCAGGGUAAACUAAAAGGGUGUGAAGCUAAGGAUUACCAUGGAGGGAAGUUUUUCAAGUUUUUGAAUAUACCAUACGCCAAAGCGCCGAUAGGAGAUCUAAGAUUUAAGGCUCCACAACCUCCUGACAGUUGGGAUAAUGUCAGAGAUGCCACCAAAGAGGGACCAGAGUGUCCUUCGGGAGAUAUGUACUUUACUUACUUCAUAGGCAAUGAAGACAAUUGUUUAAAUUUGAAUGUUUAUACCAAAGAAAUACCCAAAGAUGAUUCGUUAACGAAGAAACCCGUCAUGGUAUGGAUCCAUGGAGGAGCUUUUACUACCGGAUCUAACAAAUCAGACAUGUAUGGACCAGAUUAUUUAAUGACCCAAGAUAUAGUGUUAGUCACAAUAAAUUAUAGGUUAGGUAUUUUGGGUUUCUCCAGUUUCAAAGACAAAUCUCUGGAUGUCCCGGGCAAUGCAGGUCUGAAAGAUAUGAGGAUGGCCUUAAAAUGGGUCCAGAAUAAUAUAGAAAAAUUUGGUGGGAACAAGAACAACGUCACCUUAUUUGGUGAAAGCGCUGGUGCUGCUUCAGUACAUUAUUUGAUGCUAUCACCCACUACCAAAGGCCUCUUUCACAAAGCUAUAAUCCAAAGCGGCAGUGCACUCAACAACUGGUCAUGGGGUAAAAACAACUCUGCUGAGAUAGCCAAAGUUAUGAACUACAAAGAGACUGACGAAAAAACUAUUUUCGAAAAAUUAAAGAAGGAAAGUGCCAAAAGUAUUUACAAUGGCCAAAGAAACCACAAAGAAGAUUUUUUAGCUAGCAAAAUACGACCCUUUGGACCUGUAGUAGAACCCCCAUCUGAUCAUGCAAUUUUGACACAAAGUCCACAUGAGUUGAUGCAGAAUGAGGGUGCUCAUAAGAUUCCUGUAAUUAUAGGUUAUAAUUCUAAAGAGGGUAUUUUCUUUGAACUUGUACGAAGAACGUACCCUGACUUACAAUUUCCACAUGACCUAGAACACGAUAUACCUUUUGAAUUAGAGCUCCACAAUGAUAAAGAAAAAGCCAAAGAGGUAGCUGAAAAAAUGAAGAAACUGUAUUUUGGAGAUGAACAGUGUAGUGAAGAUACUAUAGAAAAAGUUUAUUUGUUAAAAGGAGAUGUUAACUUUGUCCAUUCCAUCCAAAGGACAAUAAAACUUCAAUUGAAACACUCAGACCAGCCUGUAUACACUUACAGGAUGUCCCUAAACGGUCCUUUGAACUACUUUCACCGCUUUGCCCUCUGUAAGAACUUCAAAAUGACCAUAUUCUUUACGUUCCUUAGCAAAGUGUCGCCCAUCAUGAGAAAUUACAUUUUGAACACUAUCAAAAACACACCCAAAAAAGAUUUAGAAGGGGUUGCACAUGCUGACGACUUAUUUCACUUAUUUUCUACAUUUUUCACACCCUCCAUUCAAAAAGGAAGUCAAGAAGACUUAUAUAUUCAGAGAUUCGUCAAGUUAUGGACGAAUUUCGCUAGGUAUGGUGAACCUACACCCCACGAUGACGAGACUUUGAAUUCAGUCAAAUGGAUACCCUCAUCGCUUGACAAUAUCCAGUUUUUGGAUAUAGGUCCUGAGUUGAGCCUUAUUGAAAACGUGGAUAAAGAAAGGAUACAGUUCUGGGAUCAGUUGUAUGAUGAGCAUUUAAAAGUUUAACCCUAAACUUAAAAAUAUGCUUAAUGUUACUAUUUUUUUAUGAAAAUGUUGUUAUAAUUCUUUGUUAAUAAAUAUUUUAAUAAAUAAAGUUCGAUACUUUUAAA